AUGUUCUAUUUUCGGAAAUUUUAUUUAUUCAUUCUUUAUUUUUUUCUAGUACUUAUGGAAAUGCUCGAAAAAAGCAAUUUACUAGAAAAACCACAAAUUGUUGGCUUAACAGCUUCUAUGGGUGUAGGAGAUACAAGUUUGGAUAUUAAAGCUUGUUGUGAACAUAUGCUUAAUUUGUGCUCCAAUUUACAUUCAGAAACUAUAACUACUGUUAGACAUCAAUUAGAUAAUUUGAAAAGUCAUGUUAUGCCUCCUGUUGACAAAGUUACACGUGUCAAACGUCCAGCUGAGGAUCCUUUCCUUGAUUGUGUAGAAGGUGUAAUGUAUAAAAUUGAAAAUGAAAUGAAGCAACCUUUGCAAAAAUUGGCUGAACUGUGUAAAUUGAGAAAAGAGGAAAUUGAAUUUCCCUUUCAUUCAAACAUUUCUCGUUAUCAAACAAUUGUGGGUAAUCUUAAAAAAUGUGCUCAACGAGUUCAGGAUUCUGAAAUGCGGUUUUUAUUGGUUAGAUCGAUUGACCAUUUAUCUCAUUAUUUCCACGCCAUUUUAAUUAACGAUUUAUUACCAAGAUCUUAUGCUUUUUCCUAUUUACAAGAAAAAAUGAACGAUUAUAAGAAGAACACUGGUGAUAGUUCUAGCCCAAUUGAUUUAAUUAAUCAAAGAUUACUUGGUUAUUUUUUAGAAGUAUACUCAAAAUUGUACGAGUGUGUUAAAACUGAGCAACUUGAAAAGAAGGAAAUUCUUAAAGAAUUAUAUUCUAUUCUUCGAGAACAAUUUAAAUCUGAUCGAGAUUCUCGUUGUUUAAUUUUUGUUGCUACUAGAAAUUGUGCUUCUAAACUUGCUGAUCAUCUUAAAAAAGUGCCUGAACUGCCAAUUUUUUACAAUAAGGAGGUGAGAAAUUUUUUUUAA